AUGUCACGCUCUGCUUUGCCUCCAGGAACCGCGCCGAUCAAGCCAGAGUUUCUGGUCUCCGUCCAACCGCGCGACAUCCCGGACGACGAUGCUGCAGAAGGAGGCUCGAGCCAUGUCAACGGCCGUCAAGAUGGUGGUCCCGGUGGUGAAGACGCGGGGGAGGGUGGCAAGAGGCAGUCCGGCGCGCAGCGGAAGAAGUUCGCGAAAGACAAGAAACAGCGAGGCGCAAACAAGGGGAGGCGGUUCCAGAAAGUGCGCGACGACCUUGAGCUCUGCUUCAAAGUCGCGAGCGGGAAGCCUUGCGAGUUUGGCGACGAGUGCCGCUCCACGCAUGAUGUCGCGGCGUAUCUUGCUGCGAAGCCAAAAGACAUACACUUUCCCUCGCCUGAAGACCUUUCCAACACGCCCCCCUUCGUGCGGCUCCCAGAUGUUGAGAUGGUCGAAGACGGAGACGCCUCAAGGAGUUCUCUCGACGUGACCACGACGUGCGCGGUCUUCCAGCGUACGGGAGAAUGCAAAUAUGGGCUGAAGUGCCGCUUCCUCGGCAAUCACGCGAAGUUGCAGGAGAGUGGAGAGCUGGAACUGAUCGUGGACGAGGAGAAGAAGGCUCGUGCGGCUGUGGCCGAAACGGAGCUCAACUUCAUCGAUGCCGACAGUCUCAGAAAAAUCCGCACGAAGAAGUAUCCUCACCCUAUAUCGGACGCAUACCUGAAGGAGCUCCAGGACAACGCCAAUGAGCCGCCGAAGAAAAAAGAAGACAAUCCGCAAACGACGGUCGUCGACCCUGAAACUGCAGCUGAACCUGCUCCCGUCGAGGGUGCUGCUAGCACCGAAACGCCGGUUGCGGCGCAGGAAGAUACGCCCGACGUUCCUGUCCGGUUUGCGGAGAAGAAACGGCUUCAUUGGAAGGGAAAGACCUAUCUGGCACCACUCACCACGGUUGGCAACUUGCCGUUCCGCCGCUUAUGUGUCGACUACGGCGCCGACAUCACCUGCGGAGAAAUGGGACUGGCGAUGUCCUUCCUCCAGGGAUCCAAGGAGGAGUGGUCGCUCGUACGGAGACACCCCUCCGAGACCACAUUCGGCAUGCAGAUCGCCGGCAGCAAGCCGCAGCUGCUCGUCCCCGCCGCAGAAAUCAUCGGCCGCGAGUGCGUGGGAAACCUCGACUUCGUCGACGUCAACUGUGGUUGCCCCAUCGACCUGGUGUACAAGACAGGCAGCGGUUCUGCGUUGCUCGACGCCGCGGGGAAGUUGGGCAAGAUCGUCGUCGGGAUGAACAAGGCGCUCGGCGACAUCCCCGUCACCGUGAAGCUCCGCACCGGGGUGAAGGACGGUAAGAACACGGCACACAAGCUCAUGCCGCGCCUUGCACCCGAGUUUGGGGCGUCCGCGAUCACGCUGCACGGCCGCACGAGGCAGCAGCGGUACACGAAGCUCGCAGACUGGGAAUACAUCAAGCAGUGCGUCGAAGCUGUCCGCGCACGCGAGGAAGAGGAAGAUCUGGCGCCUGUACCCAUAUUUGGUGGUGGCGACUGCUUCUCGUCGGAGGACUACUGGCACAAGAUGGACAACUAUAACGUCGACGGCAUCAUGAUCGGCCGCGGCGCCCUCAUCAAGCCCUGGAUAUUCACCGAGAUAAAGGAGCGGCGAGAGUGGGACAUCAGCGCGCGCGAACGGCUGGAACUCGCCCGCAAGUACGCGGAAUACGGCCUGAACCAUUUUGGAUCAGAUACGGCCGGCGUGAACACGACGCGGCGAUACCUCUGCGAGGCCCUGUCCUUCCAGUAUCGCUACAUUCCUAUCGGCCUGCUCGAGACCUUACCUUCCCGGAUCAACGACCGCGCCCCCGCAUUCAAGGGGCGUGAUGAGCUGGAAACCCUUCUUGCCAGCCCGGACAGCCGCGACUGGAUGAAGAUCUCCGAGAUGUUCCUCGGGCCCGCACCUGAGUCUUGGACAUUCACGCCGAAACACAAAAGCAACGCCUUCGGGACCGAGGAGAGCCAGGGCUGA